AUGAGCUCUAUUGAUGAGAAGCCUCUUUCAUGGUUCAUCAGACUGAUUCAUGAUACUUGCAUUCAUUUGAAUAAAUCUAUGUUGCUCCUCUGCUUAUUCCAAUCUAAUUCUACAAUGAGCUCUAUUGAUGAGAAGCCUCUUUCAUGGUUCAUCAGACUGAUUCAUGAUACUUGCAUUCAUUUGAAUAAAUCUAUGUUGCUCCUCUGCUUAUUCCACUCUAAUUCUACAAUGAGCUCUAUUGAUGAGAAGCCUCUUUCAUGGUUCAUCAGACUGAUUCAUGAUACUUGCAUUCAUUUGAAUAAAUCUAUGUUGCUCCUCUGCUUAUUCCACUCUAAUUCUACAAUGAGCUCUAUUGAUGAGAAGCCUCUUUCAUGGUUCAUCAGACUGAUUCAUGAUACUUGCAUUCAUUUGAAUAAAUCUAUGUUGCUCCUCUGCUUAUUCCACUCUAAUUCUACAAUGAGCUCUAUUGAUGAGAAGCCUCUUUCAUGGUUCAUCAGACUGAUUCAUGAUACUUGCAUUCAUUUGAAUAAAUCUAUGUUGCUCCUCUGCUUAUUCCAAUUUUAA